AGAGCCUAGGCCCUUCCUCGCUUUUCCAAGUCUUUUGCCAACCAGUUUCUUAGACUUUCCCCUAUUCUGAAUCAGGUGGGAGCACAGCAUGGACAUGGGAACAGGUGCUCUCAGCAAGGAGCCGUGGUGGACCCUACCCGAAAACUUUCAUGCUCCAAUGGUGUUCCACAUGGAAGAGGACCAGGAGGAGCUCAUCUUCGGACUUGGUGACACAUACCUUCGCUGCAUUGAGCUGCACAGCCACACCCUUAUUCAGCUGGAGAGUUGUUUUACAGCUACAGGCCAGACUCGUGUGACUGUAGUUGGACCACCAAUGGCAAAGCAGUGGCUGCUGCUCAUGUUCCAUUGCGUGGGGAGCCACUACUCCAAGUGUCACGCUCAAGGUCUGAAGAUGCUCGAGCGUGUCCGAAGCCAGCCCCUGACCAACGAUGACCUGGUCGCCUCCAUUAGCCUGCCACCGUACACUGGAGACUGAUCUCCCCUGGGAAGCGGGGAUGAGAGGAGAAGUCUUGGCUUCACUUUUGCUGAGAAAGACAUGAAAAGCACUGAAGAAAGUUUGAAUCUGUGGCCAGACCUGCCCCUCUCAGGCCUUCUAGGCAUGUGUCUGAGGCAAAUCUCCUGAAUGCAAGAAGUGUUAUUGGCAAAGCAAUCCAAUAAAAUAAGCUACCUAUGAUGCAAA